AUGGCACCAGCUGACGCCGGAGAACCCGACUACGAGAGUGAUCCCGAGGAGCUGAAGCGCUCGCUGACGAGGAGGAGGAGAGAAGCGAGUGACGACGAUGAAGACGAUGAGGUCAAAAACCACAGGGCUGAGAUUGAUUCGGAACAAUCCGAUUCUGAUGACCAGGGAGGCACCGGGAAGUUUGAUAAUGACGAAAACAAGAGUGAAGACGGAGAGGAUAGUUACGAGGAGGAAGAAGCUUAUGAGUACAAGGAACAAUCAGUCGAUGGCGACAAGAGGAUUAUUCUGAUGAAGCCGGCAGUUGAAGAUGCGGCAGCAGUUCCUGUAGAUCCAGAGGAAGAGAAGGAGAAGCAAUCGGCUGCAGUGCCUACCGGCGGAGCUUUUUAUAUGCAUGAUGACAGAUUUCAGGAGAUGUCUGCCGGCGGCCAAAGCAGGCGAAUGCGUGGUGGAAGGAGAUCGUGGGGAUCUGGAGAGGAAGGAAAAUGGGGACAUGACAAAUAUGAAGAGAUGAAUACUCAGGAGAAACGUUAUGAUCAAAGGACUACUAGAGGCCGAGGUCGCGGUCGAGGUCGUGGUCGAGGUAGGGGACAAGAGCGUGGAUACAGUAGAAGAGGCGGUUCUAACGCAUCGUCCAGCAAAGGACAGCAGCAAAUUUUUGUUCCUAAAGCUGUCACACGAGAGGGAGAGCCCAGGAAGGAGCAGGUUCCCCUUAGCAAAGGCAAUCAAGCACAUUCCAUGCAGAGCAAACAAUUACGGAAUUCUCAUGGGUCACAAAAUUCUCAUGAGAAAACGUCACACCUCGAUUCACGCCGUUCACCAGCUGCCCCUGCUAAAAUGGAGAGUGAAGGAGCCCAUACCAAAAAGAACGUAGUGGCUUCGAGUCUAAACUCUGCUUCUCGUCCGUAUUAUCCUACAAAUUCCUCGAGUAAUUUGGUACAUGGUGUACAAGCUGGUAUGGAAAGACUCCACAUGAAUGAAAGUGCAGGGCCUCCUGGGAAGAAGUACUGGAAUCCAAAAUCCGCUUUUUCACCAGCUCACACUGCCCAGAAUUUUCAGUCCACGAGUCAAGGUACAGGUGCACCAGCUGCUGGGAACGUGUAUUACCCCCAAUCUCACAGUCAAGGUGACAGAAUGCAACUCAAUGGAGAUUCAAAAGGCACUGGUCAGAGCGGUAUUAGACCUUCUGGUCAGGGAUUUGAUCAGCAAUCUUCUGUUAGCAGAUCAUUGUCUUCCUCUUCUCAGAAAAAUAGCUCAUCGACCAAUCAGUAUCCUCCUGGUGAAAUAGAGUCUGCAUCGGAGUUAGGUGCAUUGAUUCCUAAGGGAAAAGGGACUCUCCAGCCUAGUGGAAGCGGCUCUUUUAUGUAUAAUGGAUCUCAAGUGAUGGGGCGAGCAGAAAGUCUGGCAUCUGGUGACAAUUCUAAUUUCCCAGCCUUUCUGCCUGUUAUGCAAUUCGGUGGCCAGCAUGGUGGGGUUCCGACUUUUGGAAUGGCUUUUCCAGGCUACGUCGAGUCUGAAAAUGGUGUUAGAAAUCCAGAGAUGACAUGGAUGCCAGUUUUGGCUGGUCCAGGAGCUUUAGGGGCGUCAUACGCACCAUAUGCUGCUAUUGAUGGUUCUUACCAAGCACACUUGCCAGGGUUACCUUCCUCUGUAGGAUCCUCAAGCAAAGGGAAUAGUACGGAUAACCUCAAAGAUCUGGAGAAAUCCAUGGAGAGGCCUGGUACUCGGGAGAUGAGCUUUAGCCAGGCCCUGUUGCUUCUCCAAGCCUCGUUCGAUAAUCGUUACAGAGCACUUUCGAUCGCAGUUGUUCCUGAAUUUCUUAGGAAAGUCGAUGUUCCAAGCUUUGGUCAGCCAGACUGUUUGGUGUUUCUUUUUUCCAUUGUUCGUAUGUAA